AUGGCUCGACCCAUGGGGUCGGUUCGCCUGAAGAAGGCGAACCCAUUCACUCUUUUACUGGGCAUCGUCCUCUGUAUAUUCAUUCUCUACUUCCUCAUCUCGCCUUCCUCCACCCCGAGUAGCACCACCCGAGUUGUUGUCGACAGCGCCCGGCAUCACCUCUCACCACCGACAUCACCGUAUCGCAAACCUAAAUCGGACGCCGCUGUCGAGAUUGGCCCCCCGCCUGUCACCCGUUACAACCUCAAUAAUGUUACCAUCACGGCCGAUCCGAUUGGCAACCAGGAGCAUGUCCUGAUCCUGACUCCCAUGGCCAGGUUCUAUCAGGAGUACUGGGAUAAUCUUCUCAGACUGAGCUACCCCCACGGACUCAUCACCCUGGGCUUCAUAUUACCCAAGUCGAAGGAGGGAAAUGCGGCCACCGCACUGCUGCAGCAGCAGAUCCAGAAGACCCAGAAGCAAGGUCCUGAGAAGGACCGCUUCAAGAGCAUCAUCAUCCUGCGCCAGGAUUUCGAGCCAUCGCUGCAAUCCCAGGACGAGAGCGAGCGCCACAAGAUGGCCAACCAGAAGGCUAGACGAGAGGACAUGUCGAAGGCGCGCAACUCGCUCCUCUUCACCACCCUGGGACCUGCCACCUCGUGGGUUCUCUGGCUGGACAGCGAUAUUGUGGAGACACCGCCUUCUUUGAUCCAGGACCUGGCGGGAUACUCGAAGCCUGUGAUUGUGGCCAACUGCUUCCAAAAGUACUACGAUGCUGAGAAAAAGAGCAUGGCCGAGAGGCCAUAUGACUUCAACAGUUGGCAGGAUAGCGACGUCGCACAGAAACUCGGCGCUUCAAUGGGCCCUGACGAUAUUCUCCUCGAGGGGUAUGCUGAGAUGGCCACAUACCGACUGCUGAUGGCUUACAUGGCCACGAAUCCUUCUGAGAAGGAUACAGUUGUUCCCCUUGACGGAGUUGGUGGUACUGCCUUGCUAGUCCGAGCAGACGUGCACCGUGACGGGGCCAUGUUCCCUCCUUUCGCCUUUUAUCAUCUCAUUGAAACUGAAGGCUUUGCUAAAAUGGCCAAGCGGUUGGGGUGGCAACCAUAUGGUUUGCCAAACUACAAGGUGUAUCAUUACAAUGAAUGA